AUGGGAGAAAAAUUGGCAUGGGUGCAACAAUUCAAGAUCCAACCUAGCCGCCGUCCCACAGCCUCCACACUGCUGCACUGUGCUGGAGUCACCCUGUACAACCAUAUAUUUCUUGUGCUGCCAGCAUCAGUGGCUCAGUGGGCAUGGAGGCCACCUGUGGACCUGCCAGACCUUGCCCCAUCUAUGCAGGAGCUGAUUGCUGGAGUGAUAGCGAACCUUCUGCUUUUUGACUUCCAGUACUUCAUCUGGCAUCUGCUCCACCACAGGAUCCGCUGGCUGUAUGUCACUUUCCAUGCAAUCCAUCAUAACUACUCCUCACCUUUUGCACUUGCGACUCAGUGUCUUGGCGGCUGGGAGCUGAUCACAGUCGGCUUCUGGACCACCCUGAAUCCUGUGAUUCUGAGAUGCCACCUCCUCACUACAUGGGCCUUCAUGGUAGUGCAUGUAUAUGUUUCUAUCGAGGAUCACUGUGGCUAUGAUUUCCCCUGGUCCACAUCACGCCUGAUACCAUUUGGCAUGUAUGGAGGGCCAAGCAAACAUGAUGUGCACCAUCAGAAACCAAACACCAAUUUUGCACCACAUUUUAGCCACUGGGAUAGAAUAUUUGGUACACAUGCUGAUUUCAGCUUUUGUACUGCUAUGAAGUAG